AUGGAGUCUAGAGCAUUGUGUCUGCUGAUGCUCUGCUGUUUUAUCGAUGUCUGCAACCUUCAUCCGCUCAUUCAUCCCAGUAAUGGACUUGGUGUGUGUCGUAAAAACUCAAGUUUGACAGCGCUGGAGGUUCUACCAGGUGGAGGCUGGGAUAACCUGCGCAACAUAGACAUGGGACGGGUGAUGAAUCUGAGCUAUUCCCAGUGUCAGACCACAGAAGACGGUGUCUAUCUCAUUCCAGAUGAAGUUUUUGUCAUACCACAGAAGGUGAGCGGAGUGGAAACACACUCAGAGAUCAUCAUGUCAUGGCUGAACCAGACAAGCUCUACGUCAAGCUCCAUUAAUGCUGAUGGUUCUUUCCUUUCUGCGCUUAACGGAAAAUACUCUGAAGAAAACAAACGCAUGAAAACCCACCAAGUGAAAGAUAAUUCUGUAACAUCACGGGUUCAAAUCCGUAACCGGCUGUACACAGUAAAGGCGUAUCCUGACUUCACUCUGGACUCCCGCUUCGCUCAACAGGCGGUGGAAAUCGCAGAUGCUAUUGAGAACAAUCAAACCCAUCUUGCAACUUACCUGUCAGAGAAACUCAUACUUGAUUAUGGUACCCAUGUCAUUACAAGUGUUGAUGCUGGUGCUACUUUGGUGCAAGAGGAUUAUUUAAAAAAGUCUUUUGUCUCCAGCAGUCAGUCCGAUAUGUCUUCUGUUUCUGCAUCAGCAGGCUUGAACUUUUUCCACAAACUUAAGUUUGAUAUUAGCAGCAAGGAAUCCCAAGAAAGUUCACAAACUCAGGGGUAUCAGAGUAACAUUGCAUAUUCUUUAAUUCAGAGCCAUGGUGGAGCUUUAUUCUACCCAGGCAUGACUCUGCAGAAGUGGCAAUUGAGUACGCUCAAUAAUCUGGUGGCUAUUGACCGCUCUGGACUGCCGCUGCACUAUUUUCUUAAUCCAUCCACAUUCCCAGACCUCCCAGCACUAACAGUUAAUAAAAUGGCUUCAUCAGUUCAGCAGGCUGCACUGAAAUACUAUAGGAUAAACAAACGUCCAGGGUGUGUAAUUCCAGAUUCCCCAAAUUUUAACUUUCAGGCAAACAUAGAUGAUGCUUCCUGUGAGGGUCCAGUCACCAAUCUUAGCUUUGGUGGAAUUUACCAACAAUGCACUUCACUGACAGAUGGAGAUACUAUCUGUGGUGAGACAGCACAGACAAAUCCAGCUACUGGUGGUUAUUCUUGCCCUCCUUUUUACUAUCCCACUUUAUUACGCUCUGAAAGAGUAGAAAAAGAUUAUACUCGUCGUGAGUGCUACACAUAUUAUGAAAGUUGUGGGUUCUUUGGGUUGUCAAGUUGUACGCAGACAGAAUGUAAUGAUGUUUAUCAUGUCCGUCGUGCACAAGUUAACACCUACUGGUGUUUCUCAAAUGGAAAAAUCCCUGAGUACUCUGGAUAUCUGUUUGGAGGUCUGUUUGGACCAUCUUUACAAAACCCUCUGACCAAAUCCAAUAGCUGUCCUCCAAACUACUUUGCUCUAAAGUUCUUGUCUAAUGGCAUGAUGGUUUGUCUGAGCAAAGAUUAUGAGGCCGGAACAAGAUUCUCUGUGCCAUUUGGUGGUUUCUUCAGCUGCCAGUCUGGAAACCCUCUCUCCAAUGGUCAAUCUCGCUGUCCACCUCAGUUCAGCCAACAUCUUGCUGCCAUUAGUGAUGGCUGUGAGGUGCUGUACUGUGUCCAGUCUGGUGCGUUCACUGAGGGUCAGUUAAAUCCAAUCCGUCUCCCACCAUUCAUAAGAAAACCACUGGUUGGCAUGAAUGCGACAAAUACUGUAACUGUAAUGACAGAAGGUGAUCGUUCUUGGGUGAGAGAUGGAGAAAAUAAGAAGUGGCGACUGGCAAAGCCUGGUGAGGUUAACCGAAUGGAUAUAGUGUCCGAGUCUGACAUGUCAUCUUCUCAAAUGUCUGGAGGAGAAAUAGCUGGUGUAGCUGUUGGUGUGAUGGUUCUCAUUGCUCUUGUGGUUGCAGGAACUGUGUUUUUAAUGAAAAAAAGGCGAUCUUCUGGCCUCAGGGUGACCGGAGGUUAUCAAGAACUUUAA